AUGGAUGAUGACAUAAUGCUGACAAAUUCAGGAGACACCCAGUCUUCAGGAAAUGCUGUCUCUUCCAGCUCGACCACAGAGUCACAAGAACCUCCAAAAGAGAAUAAAAAGAGACUCUGUAUCUCUAAAAGUGUCAUUGUCAUCUUCUUUCUGGCGAUUCUAGUAACUGCACUGGCCACAAUUUUAGCAGUUGAAAAACACAAAUCUUCCACUGAACACACAUCAUGCCUGGAUGGCUGGAUUGGUUACCUAGGAAAGUGUUUCUAUUUUUCUGAAAAUACAACAACCUGGACAUCAAGCCAGAACUUCUGUGCUUCUCAUGCAUCAACUCUUGCUGUAUUCAACACCACAAAAGAAUUGGAGUUCCUUAAGCGAUAUUCUGACCAUUCUCAGUAUUGGAUUGGACUGAGCAGAAAACCAGGACACGACUGGCAGUGGACAGAUGGCACAGCAUACGGUGGUUGGUUUAAAAUAAUUGGAAUUGGAGAAUCUGCUUAUCUACACAAAGUUGGGAUUAGCAGUGCUAGCAGCCAUUUGGACUCAGGCUCCCUGAAGGUAGAUCUGGUGAAUCAGUGCAGCAGAGUGAUCGUCUGUGAUUCCAAGCAAGAGUUGACCGUGUGUUAA